AUCCCCAACUUUAGCUGAGCUGAAAUAAAAAGCUGAGGGAUAGACAGAAAAUUACCGUUUUUUACUAGUCAACAGCAUCUUUCUGCUCAUAUUUAACGUCAAAAUCGCGACGGCUCGAUACGAGAUGACGUGAAGACUCAUUAAAGAGGCAGUUGUAUAUCAGGCAACAUGGCGGAAGGGGAGGAGUCCAUGAGCCAGGAGGACUGGAAGGAGAAGUGCAUGGUUUUGGAGACGCUGCUUCUGAAAUUUAGAGUCCAGAUCAUCAAGAUCCGGGAACUCACGGCAGAUAAGAUUCAGCAGCUGGAGACUCAGGUGAUAGAUGCAGAAAAACGAGCUUUUACUGCACAACAGCAGGCGCAGUGGAUGGAGGAGAAGCUCAAGGCUCCAGAAGGUCCGUGUGGAGACGCAGAGGUGCGCUUGUUUCAGCAGUGCCAGGAGCUGCAGGCCUCACUGCACAAGAAGGAGCACCACAUCGCACAGCUGGAGCAACAGCUGGAGGAGCAGAAACAGAUCCGACUUCAAGAUGCCAAAACAGUGGAGGAGAAAGCAGCUAAAAUCAAGGAAUGGGUGAUGAUGAAACUAUCUGAGUUUGAGGCUGAGAAUGCAGCAUUGAGAGAAACCAACAAGCUACAGGAGGCCCAGAUCCUGGACUUACAGAAACAACUUCAAGCAUUUGAGCAGAAACCGAGCGGUGGGCGUGGAUUCCUGGACUGUCCAGGGGAAGCUCAGCGCCUCAGCAGCCUGACCUUUGGCUGUUUCCAGGUGAGAGGGAAAAACCCACAGGUCCUCUCUGGACCUUCUCCCUCCCAGAGGAGCCUGGGUGUGCAGGGAGAGACUGAGGACAGAGAGGAAGCUGUGACCAGCAGAAAGCAGACUUCCUCCCCAGACAAGGAAAUCCAAAAGCCAAAUCAAGCGGAAACACCUGAAAACCACAGUCAAAGCCCUCUUGAACCUGAGUCUACUGGGUCCUCCUCUGCACUCCCUCCUGCUGUAUCGGAGGGGGGAGCCCUGCGCGAGGCCCGCGAGGGGGCUUCGGGCCUGGAGCUCAGUCGACCCGGCAGUGAGACCUACCUGACGGCUUCGGACGACAGCAGCUCUGUGUUUGGCGAUGACAUGCAGCGGGCGGAGCGCCCCCGCCUCAGCCUGCUGGAGUCAUGUGACGGGGACAUGUGUAAGGACGAGAGGGAGGGGGGGCACCCGGCCAAGCUCGUCUCGGGCGACCUCAACGAGAGGUUCCAGUCUCAGACGCUUGACUCCUCCUCCUCCUCCAGUGAACCAAACACCCCCAGUCCUAUCCUCACCCCCGCUCUCACACCCAAGCGACCCACCACACCCCAGGACCCCAGAGACAACCCCGCUCUGCCCAAACAGCCCCGCCUCAGGACCCCGGCAAGCGCAGGGUCCAUCAGUGUCUCCUUGGCAAAGAAACACCUGAGUCAGCCAGCAGUCAGCAGUGAGGCAACAUACGGUCAAACACGCAACGCCCUCAGCAUGCUCCGCCCACUCCGACCACAGGAAACAGACAUCGACCAGCUGCUGGAAGCAGAUCAUGAGACGAGCUCAGAGGGGCCAGACUGUGAGGCCUCGGCCCCCGGCAGCAAGCCUCCCACCCCCCCACUUCACAGACUGCCCUCCUGGGAGAGUCGUAUCUAUGCAGUUGCUAAAUCAGGAAUCAGACUGUCUGACACGUCCUGCUCAAAGUCAUCAAGCAAAGACUCAUCUCUGCAGUCGACCUGUCCUGCCUUUGAGCAGUACACGUCCCUCAUCUAUAAAAACAUGACGACACCAGUUUACACGAGGCUAAAGGGGAAAGCCACUCUGCUGAGCUGCAGUCCGUUUUCAGACGAGUCCUCCAGCUCUGAGGAGUCCUCCAGCUCAGGAGAGGAGGACGGGUCCCUCUGCAGCUCCCACACCUCCUCCAGCUCCAGAAAGGACAGCAGCCCAGGCAGCCCUCGGUCUCUGAAGAGAGGCGUGUCCAUGUCUUCAGUGGCGUCGGAGAGCGACUACGCCAUUCCUCCUGAUGCUUACUCCACCGACACCGAGUGUUCUGAACCUGAACAGAAGCUGCCGAAGACCUGCUGCUCCGCCAGUGACAACGGGAAGGCUGUGAGUGUCACUGGGCUGACACUGACUGGAGACUCAAUGGAGAAGUCAGGAUACCUGUUAAAAAUGGUCAAAACCUGGAAGAAAACCUGGAAGAGACGCUGGUUUGUCCUCAAGGAUGGAGAGCUUUUGUACUACAAGUCACCCAGUGAUGUGAUCAGGAAACCUCAAGGUCAAAUUGAGGUCAAUGGAACCAGCAGCAUCGGCCGUGGAGAAGCGAAGCAAGUUCUCCAGAUCGUGACCGGGAAGCAUGUUUGCUACCUGAAGGCCGACUCUCCCAACCUCCUGGAGGAGUGGCUGCGGGUGCUGCAGAUCGUGCUGCGGGUGAAGACUGCGAGUCCUCUGUUCACUCAGCCGGACGUCCGCCCUGUCAUGAAGGGGACGCUCAUCAAGGUGAAGCACGGAUACUCCAAGCGGGUUUACUGUGCUCUGAUUGGCAAGACUUUGUACUACUUCCGCAGCCAGGAGGACAAGCAGUUCCCGCUUGGUCAGAUUAAGCUUUGGGAGGCCCGGGUGGAGGAGGUGGACAGGUCAAGGGGUUUGGAUGACAUCCUGAAAGAAUGUGGGCGGAGCCUUCAGUCUGCACCCUUCAUCUUAUCCAUCCACCCACAGGACCAAGGUCUAACCUACUUGCUUGUUGAAUCCCGGAACGAAAAGGAAUCGUGGCUGUAUCAUCUGUCGGUAGCAGCCGGCACCACUGUGGGAAAAGUUGGAACUGAGUUUGAGCAACUGGUAGGAAAACUUUUCCAGGAGGACGGGGAUCCAAACUCCCAGAUCUGGAACCAUCCCAUGUUAGUGUUCAGUAAAGAGGCGCUGCUGUCCCCGCUCACCACUCUGCCCUCUCAGGCCCUGCAGACAGAGGCUGUCAAACUCUUCAAGACGUGUCAGCUCUUCAUCAACGUGGCCAUCGAUGCCCCAGCAAUCGACUACCAUGUCUCGCUGGCUCAGAGCGCCCUGCAGGUCUGUCUGGCUCAUCCUGAGCUUCAGAACGAGAUCUUCUGCCAGCUCAUCAAGCAGACGCGCAAGAGGCAGCCGCAUGCCCAGCCAGGACCCCUGCAGGGUUGGCAGUUUCUGGCCUUGUGCGUUGGACUCUUCCUGCCUCAGCAUCCUUUUUUCUGGUUGCUCCAAGUUCACCUACAGAAACACGGAGACUCCAGGACAGAGGUGGGAAAGUAUGCAAUCUACUGCCAGCGCUCCAUGGAGCGCACCCAGCUGAGGGGAGGGAGACAGGCCCGGCCGUCCCGGAUGGAGAUCCUGUCCAUCCUCCUGAGGAACCCCUACCACCACUCGCUGCCUUUCAGCGUCCCCGUUCACUUCCUCAACAACACGUACCAGGUGGUGAGCUUUGAUGCGUCCACAACGGUAGACGAGUUUCAGUGUCGCCUCAACCUGGAUACCGGCAUGAGGAAAACCGGACUGUCUGGUUUUGCUCUGUACACCGAUGAUCCCUCUGGGCGGGAACUGGAACACUGCGUGCAAGGAGGCAUCAAGAUCUGUGAUAUUAUCUCCAAAUGGGAGCAGGCCUCAAAGGAGAACCUCUCUGCCAAGUCCGACACCACCAGGAGUGUCCGUCUCACUUACAAAAACAGACUGUACUUCUCCCUUCAGAUGAGAGGGGAGUCUGACAGGGAGAGGCUGCUGCUGGCGUAUCAGACCAGCGAGGCCAUUGUGACGGGACGCUUUCCUGUCAACAAGGAGCUGGCUCUGGAGAUGGCUGCGCUGCUCGCACAGGUGGAGUUUGGAGACUUCGAGCGGCCCUUCUCGGCUCCCGGAUCAGCCCAGACCAAGUCAAACCAGACCAUGAAGCAGGUGCUGGACCGAUUCUACCCCAAACACUACCGCAGGACCACAUCAGAGCAGCAGCAGAGACAGCUGCUGCAGAGCCUGUCUACGCGGUGGGCCUCGCUCAGGGGGCGGACCUCCUCCGAGUGCGUCCGGACCUACCUGACGGUUGCUCGCAAGUGGCCCUUUUUUGGUGCCAAACUGUUUGAGGCAGAGUCCAUCACUCCUUCUCCAGAGGUGGGGGCCCGUGUUUGGCUGGCGGCGCACGAACACGGCGUCGGCGUUCUGGAGUACGCCUCCAUUAAACUGUUGGUGUCCCACCCCUACAAGAACCUGAUGACAUUCGGGGGCUGCAAGCAGGACUUCAUGCUGGUGGUGGGUCACAGCAGCGGUUCCAACGCCGCCAAGAACAAGCCGACGGAGAAGCAUCUGUUUGCCAUGGAAACCUCUGAGAUCCGGGAGAUCACGCUCCUCAUCUCCAGCUACAUCAACAGCGCGCAUCAACAGAAGGCCGCCGCCCAUCACCUCUCCGCCCCAGCUCUGAUGGUGGCGUAGCCCAGGGAGAUCCCCCAAAACCCUCCAAAAAAGGCUUCAACUACCGCCACCAGGCCUUUGCUGCUACCAAAACACAAAGGAAGCAGAAUCUUCCCGACGUGGGGCAUUAAAGGCUGAUUCCUUGUUUUUAAAUGCAAACUUAUAGCCAUGUUGUUUUUUUAGAUUACUUUUCAAGGUAUUUGGAGUUUAUAAGCACUUUCAUGUGUUUAGUUUACACAAAACAUUUCAACUCAAAGGAAAGAUUAGAGCAGAAAAAGGGCAAAUUUCAAAUAAAGUUUGAGUUUCUAUUUGUAUAAAUCCUGUCACUCCUGCAUUAAUGGUAGCAUCUUCUGAUGAAGGAUUUAGAACUAGAGGUGGGCUCAUUUCAUUGUAAUUAAGUAUGUUUUCCUUUUAAUUUAAGAGUAAAUUUCUGAUAAAGAAUCUGUUCUCUAUAUUGGCCAAAUUGGGAAAUGUUUUGUCUGUAAUUUUCUUUAUUUAUUUCUCACUCAAAUAAAAGUCCCAUUUUUGCCCCCAAUAAAGCAGCUUUUUAUGGUCUGCAGACACCAAA